AGCAAAUGAAAACAAAUAUACAUUCCUACUCCGUCAAUCCGUGUCCGCGUACACGACCUUGUUAUAUAAGAAAGACAAUCAAACAUAUGAUCAUCACAGUCACACCCCUCAAUCCCAAUCCAAAACCCAAGCCAAAGGCCUCUCAAUCUCGAUCAUUUUUCCUUGUUUUCUUGGCAUUGUCCCUGAAUUGCAUCGCCAUGUCGGAUUCCGCUGCCAAAACCCUCGACUCUGAGGCUCUCUCUUCUGCUCCGGCGGCUUCGAUUCAAAUUGUGUACACUGAGAAGCCCCACGACGAGGAGCCUGAGGCUUACCACAUCAGAACCCUAUCUGCUGUCCUUGGAAGUGAGGAUGCUGCGAAGGAAGCUUUGGUGUACAGUUACAAGUCCGCAGCUAGUGGGUUCUCUGCUAAGCUUACUCCAGAGCAGGUUGCUGAAAUUUCAAAGCAACCCGGUGUUCUUCAGGUUGUCCCUGACAGGAAACUUCAACUCCAUUCAGGACCAAAUAGGCUGCAGUAGAGUAGAAUAGAGUUGAGGAUAAGCAAUUUCUAUAUGGUUCUCCAAAACAUGUGCCUGUUCCUAAACCGAUUAUGACAAAUAUGAAAUAUGUGGGUUCAGAAUAUCCAUUAUAUAUUAUUACAUGAGCAAUGCUAGCGAACCAACAGGGUAUUAGCCAAAAACCAGCCAAAAUAUUUUUGGUGAAUUCAAAAUUUCUACGAAUUAAUAUAUAUGGAUGUUUCUUCUACUAA